AUGGCUCAUCUAGACGAAGAAGAUAGGACCCGUGGAGACAAGGAAGCAAUCCCUCGUGAUGAAGUCAAUACAUCAAUCGAAGGUCUACGUCAGAUGAUCUGGACCAUGGGAAACCAAGCACGGCCAGACGAAUACAAAGGAGAAGAACAGUGUAAUGAACGACUUCCCCCAUGGUGCCCUUGUCAGGAAGAUAGUGCUGCAAAGUCAGAGGAAAAAAUUCAUGACAAUCAUGCCCAACCCAAUAACCAACGCAAAAAAGACUAUCGCAUGAAGACUGAAAUUCCAUAUUUCAAUGGGCACUUACAAGUUGAAGAUUUCUUGGAUUGGCUUGUUGUAGUGGAGAGGUUCUUUGAACUUAUGGAAGUCCCUGAGGCAAAGAUGGUGAAGCUAACAGCUUUUCAUCCCAAAGGAAAUGCUGCAGUAUGGUGGAAUCAAUUAUAG